GUGGCCGCGGCCCGGGCCGCUCCGAGGUGAUCGCGCGCGGCGCCCCCUCUGUGCGCGCAGCCCGAGCCGCCGCAGCGAUGAAUUCUGCCGAGCAGACCGUUACGUGGCUCAUCACCCUGGGCGUGCUGGAGUCGCCCAAGAAAACCAUCUCGGACCCCGAGGUCUUCUUGCAGGCGUCGCUCAAGGACGGGGUGGUCCUAUGCCGGCUGCUGGAGCGCCUGCUGCCCGGGACCAUCGAGAAAGUCUACCCGGAGCCGCGGAACGAGAGCGAGUGCCUGAGCAACAUCCGCGAGUUCCUGCGCGCCUGCGGGGCGUCCCUGCGCCUGGAGACUUUUGAUGCAAAUGAUUUGUAUCAGGGGCAGAACUUUAACAAGGUCCUCAGCUCCUUGGUGACACUAAAUAAAGUGACAGCAGACAUCGGACUAGGAAGUGAUUCUGUGUGUGCUCGGCCCUCGUCACAUCGAAUAAAGUCUUUUGAUUCCCUGGGAUCCCAGUCUUCACACAGUAGGACUUCAAAAUUGCUUCAGAGCCAGUACCGAAGCUUGGACAUGACUGAUAACACCAACAGCCAACUGGUAGUACGAGCCAAGUUUAGCUUCCAGCAGACCAAUGAAGAUGAGCUCUCCUUCUCAAAGGGUGACGUCAUCCAUGUCACACGAGUGGAGGAAGGAGGCUGGUGGGAGGGCACACACAAUGGCCGGACCGGCUGGUUCCCCAGCAACUACGUUCGAGAGAUCAAGCCAAGUGAGAAGCCUGUGUCACCCAAAUCAGGGACCUUGAAGAGCCCUCCCAAAGGGUUCGAUACGACUGCCAUCAACAAGAGCUAUUACAACGUGGUGCUACAGGACAUCCUGGAAACAGAGCGUGAGUACUCUAAGGAGCUGCAGUCUGUGCUGUCCACCUACCUGCGGCCACUGCACACCAGCGACAAGUUGAGUUCAGCAAACACUUCAUAUUUAAUGGGAAAUCUAGAGGAAAUAUCUUCCUUCCAGCAAGUGCUUGUGCAGUCCCUAGAAGAAUGUACGAAGUCUCCUGAAGCCCAACAGAGAGUCGGUGGCUGCUUCCUGAGCCUAAUGCCGCAGAUGAGGACCCUGUACCUUGCUUACUGUGCCAACCACCCAUCUGCUGUGAGCGUCCUCACAGAGCACAGUGAGGACCUUGGAGAAUUCAUGGAAACAAAAGGUGCCAGCAGCCCUGGGAUCCUGGUGCUGACCACCGGCCUGAGCAAGCCCUUCAUGCGCCUGGACAAGUACCCCACACUGCUGAAAGAGCUGGAGAGACACAUGGAGGAUUAUCAUCCUGAUAGACAAGAUAUUCAGAAGUCUAUGACGGCCUUCAAAACCCUUUCGGCUCAGUGUCAAGAAGUACGAAAGAGGAAGGAGCUGGAGCUGCAGAUCCUGACGGAGCCCAUCAGGAGCUGGGAGGGGGAUGACAUAAAGACCCUGGGCAGCGUCACAUACAUGUCCCAAGUCACCAUUCAGUGUGCGGGAAGCGAGGAGAAGAAUGAGAGAUAUCUCCUGCUCUUCCCAAGCCUCCUACUCAUGUUGUCUGCGAGUCCCAGGAUGAGCGGUUUCAUCUACCAGGGAAAGCUGCCAACAACAGGAAUGACAAUCACAAAGCUUGAGGACAGUGAAAACCAUAGGAACGCAUUUGAGAUAUCAGGGAGCAUGAUCGAGCGGAUUCUGGUGUCCUGCACCAGCCAGCAGGACUUGCACGAGUGGGUGGAGCACCUGCAGAAGCAGACGAAGGUCACGUCUGUGAGCAACCCCACCAUCAAACCCCACUCGGUGCCAUCACACACACUUCCUUCCCAUCCUCUCACUCCAUCCAGCAAACACGCGGACAGCAAGCCCGUGGCACUGACGCCUGCGUACCACACACUCCCCCACCCCUCUCACCAUGGCACCCCACACACCACCAUCAGCUGGGGACCCCUGGAGCCUCCGAAGACCCCCAAGCCUUGGAGCCUGAGUUGCCUGCGGCCUGCACCUCCCCUCCGGCCCUCAGCUGCUCUCUGCUACAAGGAGGAUCUCAGUAAGAGCCCCAAGACCAUGAAAAAGCUGCUGCCGAAGCGCAAGCCCGAGCGGAAGCCUUCGGAUGAGGAGUUCGCUGUGCGCAAGAGCACAGCCGCGCUGGAAGAAGACGCUCAGAUCCUGAAGGUUAUUGAAGCUUACUGCACAAGCGCAAAGACUCGGCAGACCCUGAACUCAACAUGGCAAGGCACUGACCUGAUGCAUAAUCACGUCUUGGCUGAUGACGACCAAUCAAGUCUAGACUCCUUGGGUCGUCGCAGUAGCCUUUCUCGUUUGGAGCCCUCAGACCUCUCGGAAGACUCUGAGUAUGACAGUAUAUGGACAGCCCAUAGUUACAGAAUGGGUUCUGCAUCCCGUUCACGCAAAGAAUCUGCUCCACAAGUGCUGCUUCCAGAAGAAGAAAAAAUUAUAGUCGAAGAAACCAAGAGCAAUGGGCAGACAGUGAUAGAGGAAAAGAGCCUUGUGGAUACGGUGUACGCAUUAAAGGAUGAAGUCCAGGAGUUAAGACAGGAUAACAAGAAGAUGAAGAAGUCCUUAGAGGAGGAACAGAGAGCCCGCAAGGACUUAGAGAAGCUGGUGAGGAAGGUUCUAAAGAAUAUGAACGACCCUGCCUGGGAUGAGACCAAUCUAUAGGCUGACUUCAUUCUCAUAGGCUGAAGAGCAGCAGUUCCUGGACAAGGCUGGGGCCCCUGGCCUCCAGCACAGUGACUUUCAGGACUAAGGAAGGUGGUUACCAUCAGGCGAGCAGCAGCGAUGAGGCUGUUGCUGAAGUAGCUACAAUGUGAGUUAUAGACACUGAGGCCUGGGCUGAGUGCGCAUAUAUCUGCCACUUCUCCAUGCAGUGACUGACCAGAGUCCUUUGGCUUCUGGACUUGAGUUGAAUCUAUAAAUAGCAUACCUGUGUACUCCUUGUAAAUACUGGGAUCUGAGCACCUACCUGAGAUGGGACUGGGCUAACCCUCCUGCUAGGAUUUCCUUCUCAGCCUUUCUGGCCACAGGGAUCUGAAGUUGUGUUCAUGAGGUGUUGGAAGCAGAAAGGUGAAGAGAUGCCUGGGCAGCUGUCUGACUUGUGUGCAGCGCAGGCUCCAUGGUGCCAUCGGGGACAGGCACUCGGGACAGGCACUCGGGCACAGUGAAUUUGCGUCUCUGUUCUUAACUGCAGUAUUCCAGUCUCGACUAUGGCAUCAUGGGUUCUAGGGAGGGGAAACUGUUACCUGCCUGUGGUGCCUGCCUCUGCUGCCCUGUCCUGUCUGGGCCUUGGUCACAGUGUGCAAAAGUGGGUUAGCCCUGUACAUAGAUGUGUUAUUUAUUCCAUACUCUCUAGCCGGUGCUGCCGGCCGGGCAGGGUUUGGCUGCAGGCUGUUUCCAUCCAGGAGCUCGCUCUGCCUCUGGCCGCAGUCAGCAUUGUCCAGGCCACUAAAGCCCUCUUAACCCUAACCUCUGAGCGAGAAUAAAGCAAUACAAACCCCAUGUGGAGCAGCACAGCGGGAGCCCUCACGUGCUGUGCCUGCUCCUGCGCCCUACUUUGCUGCCUCCUCAGGCCCAGGCAGGCCCUGGAAGGCUGGUGGCCUGGGCAAGCGUCCCUGCUUCUGUUAGGCCAUGCUUGCCCCUGGUUUGGCAACAGUUACAGUGACCUCAGGAGCUUAGCUGUCCCUUCCUUCCUCCAAAGAGGUUGUUUUCAAGUCAGAGAUACUUUCCCUUAGAAAGGUGUUUUGUCUUUAAACACUGAAGAGCAGUGUGUGCUGCUGGGGCCUCAGCACAGCCUCUCCCUAGGAUGCGACCCAGCCCCUGCCUGCCCGUCCUAUGUGGAGGUUUCUGCGUGGGCGCUUGGAGGCCGUUUUUUACUCUCUCCUUCCACACUCUAGCUGGUUGCAGUGUCUACGGGUUGUGUCUGUCAGGAUCCACCAGAGCCUCCCACUCCUGUUAGCUGUAGCUCAGUCCUCAGGGUGAGGAAAGCUGAGGUCUUCCUUUCUUUUUGGUAAGCCCUGUUUUCCAAGCACUCUGCUGACCCAGAAGACACUGCAGCAAAAGGCAGUAUAUUUGCUGUCACAGCAGGUCUCAACUCAGGAACUACACUCCUUGCAACUCCACUGCUGGCACAGGUGCCUGGGGUUGCUGGGCAGCCCCUCCAUCAAGAGGAAGCAAAGACCAUGUUCGCCACUGUCCUUGCCACCACCGAGGUUGCCGUCCGUGCCCCAGGACAAUUCCUUAUAGACCUGCCUUAAUGAUUCGCUUGGAGUGUUCCCUGAGUAUUCCAGUUCCCAGCAUCCCUACCCUGGACAGGGUGGCUAGGCUGUCCGCACACCGCCUUGUCUGAGGAUCCAGUGUCUUCCAGGCUCUCCAGGGAGCGAGAAUCUGCACCCAAGAGCAGUUCUUUUUAAAACCUGCCCUGGUAUACACACCCACUUCUCUCUCCCGCGUCUCUGCGCGGGGGGCAUUGAUACCAACAGCACAGGGCACCUUUCACUGACUCUAAAAGUCCUCCGUGUUCUGUAAGGGAUGAGGGGGAUCAAGCCAUUUCCUGUCGUGUAGAUGUGAAGCACUUUCUGUUCUGAACCAUGCUGCAGUGUAGCAGCGUCUGAUGCUCCACUGUUCUCCUGGAGCUGCUGCCCGUGUGCCCUGUGCACUUCAUGCCAACCCCCACUCCCCUGGGACACAACAGGAGACCGCACCAGGGUCGACUGCUCAGUGUGUGUGCUACACCCUUGCAAUUAUUAAACUCCUUAUUUUUCUUAUCUCA